AUGGACGAGUUCGACGAAUUUGACGAUAAUGUGAACGAUGAAAUACUUGCACAACUUGACGCCAUUGAGGCCAAGCAUACCAAUGCUUCCCCGGAAGCCGAUGACGAGUUUGCGGAUCCCUCGUUGGACGCCAUGCUCCUUCAUGAUCUUCCUCCUAGCAAUACUUCUGCGUUGCAUUCCGAAGUAUCAGACUCUACUUCCCAUGGUGCGAUCUCCUCAGCAAGCGGCUCGUCUGGCCUGGUGCAACAGGGUCUCUGGGGUCAGGCUGUCCUCUCUCGUAAUAACAGUGGAAAGUCUUCGGAGGAAUAUUCCUCUCAAGUCCAAGCCUCGCAGGGUCAGGUUUCGCUUGCACCCCAGGAUGGCUUUGGCAUUUCAUCCGAUAAAAUUUGGGACCAUCGUGCAUUUUUACUGCAGAACAGAGCUAAACUUGUGCAAAAAAACCCCAAGAACGAGCAAGACGCCCUAGAAGAGCACCUAAGAACAUAUAAGGCGCCUCCUAUGAAGCUAUGCUUGGAUCAAGAACAAGCCAAAACUUGGAUAUACCCCGUCAACAAGCCUUUACGUACUUACCAACUAAAUAUUGUAAAGAAAGCCUUAUUCGACAAUGUUCUCGUUGCUCUUCCAACCGGGUUAGGGAAGACCUUCAUUGCAGCUGUUGUGAUACUCAACAUGUUUCGCUGGUAUCCUCAAGGAAAGAUUAUUUUCGUGGCCCCCACACGACCCCUUGUAACGCAGCAACAACAAGCAUGCCACAGCAUUUGUGGCCUUCCAUGGGAUACCGCUAUUGAAUUGACUGGAUCUACUAAGCGCUCGCUUCGAGAUGAUGAAUGGAGCGCGAAACGCAUUUUUUACAUGACACCGCAAACGUUUGAGAAUGACUUGCUCUCUACCACUUGUGAUCCCACUGAUGUGAUCUGCGUUGUGGUGGAUGAGGCGCAUCGAGCAACUGGAAAUUAUGCAUAUUGUAAAGUGGUCCGGCAUCUCAUGUACUUUAAUCCGCAUUUCCGCAUCCUUGCAUUAACGGCAACGCCUGGAAACAGUGCUGAGCGCGUUCAAGAGGUGGUGACCAAUCUCCAUAUUAGCCGCAUCGAGAUUCGCACGGAAGAUGCUCUGGACAUUCAGCCGUACAUGCACAAGAAAAAGGAAGAUUUGGUGCGCGUUACUUUGUCUGAGCCGCACGAAGCGCUGCGAGCAGCAUGGGCUUCACUUAUUCUCAAGGUGGCAGAACCACUACAGAAGCAUGGAAUUUUGCAGUCUCACGACCCAGCUCAUCUUCGCGCCUUUGCUGUUCGCGCUUCGGCUGCUGCACCAUUCGCCCAAUCGAUUCUACGUCAACACCCGUACCUACGCGGUUCCAUUCAUAAAAUGGCUAUCAUGGCCCAGAACAUGCAAUAUCUUAACGAACAAUCAGUGCGAGUAUUUUGCGACCGUGUGAUGGAGUCAUGGGGCCCUGAUGCGCGCGGGAAAAAGCAAGACAAGAUACUUAACUCAAGUAAUUCUGCUUUUAACGAUUUGAUGAAAGGCAUUGAGCGCGUGCGAGCGAAUCCGUUUCUCUUGGUGCAUCCAAAAAUGAGAAAAAUGCUACAAGUUCUUAAAAUGCACUUUGCGCGAGACACGGCGCAUACUACCCGUGCCAUGGUGUUUUGCAGCUUCCGGGAAGUGGUCCAUGAAAUUGUGGACUUGUUGACUAGCUCAGGCAUUCGUGCCACACCCUUUAUUGGCCAGGCCAGUGAUGCUAAAGGGCAUCGAGGUCUAACGCAGAGGCAACAAGAACAGGUCAUUCGCACAUUCCAGGAGGGAAAGUUUCAAGUACUCGUCGCGACAUCUAUUGGCGAGGAAGGUUUGGAUAUCGGCGAAGUAGAUUUGAUCGUAUGCUAUGACGCUGUACGUGACUCUGUUCGUGGUUUACAACGCAUCGGACGCACAGGUCGUAUCCGGGAUGGUCGCGUCGUCGUGCUCAUGACCGCGGGCCGUGAAGAAAGCAAUUGGACACAAUCAAAAGAGUCCUACAAAAAUGUUCAGCGCCUUGUGCGUACUGCCAACACUAUUGCACUUUAUACCGACGUUACGCGUCUAAUGCCGCCUCAUGUCAAGCCGGAGCCUGUCAUGUGCGAAGUUGAACAGCCACCGUUUGAUGCCAGCAUGCUUCGCCAGACGAAAGCAAAAGGACCUAAGCGUGUCAAGCCACAAGCUCGUCGCGGUCAGCCGAUACCCAAAGGUGAAACGGGUCGAUUUUGCUCAGCUGCUGAAUUUUCCCGUCGCAACGAUGAUCGCGAAUAUACCUAUUCAGACACAGAAUCGGAUAUAUCAGGGGAUGAUAGACCCACACUCCCUUCUGAGGCUAGCCGUCCCUCGUCUCGAAGCUCUCUGCUCCGUUCAUCUUCCUUAAAGAAUGCAGCUAAUUUAUCUGAUGAUCCUGAUGAUGCUGAUAUUUCUCACUCACACGCUGGCAUACCCUUACCUUUAUCCAGGUUUGAACCUCAUCCUUUGAUUGGUGUGUUGGACAACUCACCGGUUCGUGAAGAGCCAUUGUUUCUUCUUUCACCAACGCGUACACCUGACCCAUCACCAUCGCUUCAUGUUCCCGAUAAACCUACUUCUCCCAUUCGCAAACGAAGACGGCCCCAGCAUACAAACGCAUUCAUUUGUACCGAGGCUGAGCGCGAGACAGAUUCGGAAGAACAUGGUGAUUCCGACGAGAAGUACGAUGGACCUUCUUCUGCGGACGAAAAUGACGAGGACCGCGCUGCGGUUGGCGACUUUCAGCCAACACAGCAGGCUGGUUAUGAACAACAAGCGGUGUACUUGCGAUCUAUGCUGUCACAGCAAGCGCCUACGCCGUUUAAGCGUCGCGACCGUCUCGCCGAGCUACUCGAGAAUCGACAUGCAAAGCGUCUAUCUUCUGAACCAGAUGCUGAAGCAGACCACUACACGCAAGAUUCUUUCGUCGUUGACGAUGACAUUGUUUCUUGGGCUUCUUCGGCUAGUGAUGCCGUAUAG